AUGUUUUUAAAUUAAAUUAACAAUUAAAUAUCUUAGCCAAUUAUAAUGUAAGAGCUUUAUGAAUAGAACAUUCAUUUUUAUACUGAAUUAGAAAAUGAUGUAGAGAAGAUAUUUUAGGAAUUUCAGCAGGAAUCUCAAAGAAAGAGUAUAAAUAAAGAAAAGUACUAGGAGUAUAUACAAUUCUUAAUGAUGGCUCAUUAAAAAAUAAAUUAGGAAUAGAAAAAAGUUGAUGCAAUAGAACUUAAUCAAAUAAAAAAAAAAGGAAUAAAAAAGACUAUAAAGAAAAACUACUAUAAGAAAUGAUUAAUCUAUUCAUUUAUGACUUUUAAAUUAUCA